AACAGAAUGAGUGGAGAUGUAGCGGACCAUUAGGAGAAUGAAAGGAGGUAAAGUUAGACAUGAGGACAGAAAGAGAGAUAUACAUGGACAUAGAGAAAUAGACACUGGGAAAAAAGAGACAUAGACAUAGAAAUAGAGACUAGAUAGAAAUAUACUUUAGAACUGGGAGUGAGGUAAGGGGUAGGGGGUAGGGAGGAGUAGCACAUGUACAGAGAAAAGGAGGGAGAGAGAGAGAGAGAGAGAGAGAGAGAGAGAGAGAGAGAAAAGAGACAGACUGGAUGCAGCUGAGACACUUCUGCUCUGUCCCUGAUGUCCAUCAGAUAUUUUGCUUUUGAAUGGAUUGAAUACAUCGUGUCAGAUUUUCGGAGAGGAGAUUUACUCAGCGCUAUGGAGGACAGAUGGAGUCAAAUGGAGGAACAGCAUCUGAUGAGUGGCAGAGAAGAAAGGAAUGUUUAAUAUAAAGCAUGAACGACUUAGGGGACAAGACGGAAUUGAUCAUCAAAAAACAAUAAGCAGCCAGAUCCAGGACAACUCUGGGGCAUUUAAACAAAAAGCUCCUCUUCCUGGAUGGAUCAACUUCGACCUGACCACUGACCUUUGAUCCCUGAGUGACAUUUUUUGGGUGGGAAUUGGCACAACCAAAACCUGAGCACAAAGCCGAUCUACCCACAGAAUGUUCUGGAAACUAGCUUUCACUGCCAUUUUGGCCUGCUCCCUCUGUGCAUCAAUGGAAACCAAGAAGGCCCGUCCAAGAGGCUCUAUCCCCUCCCCUUACAAGCUCAAAGGCAAUGAGUUGUUGUCGUCAUCUUCAAUCACCCUAUCAUCCCUGAAGCAACCUUCAACAAAACGGCACAAAAGCAAACAAGAAGUGCUGCUGUCAAGUCGUGAGGCGCUGGUGGUGACUGAGCGGAAGUACCUGAAGAGUGACUGGUGUAAAACGCAGCCCCUGAAGCAAACAGUCAGCCUCGAGGGAUGUGUGAGCCAAACCAUCAUCAACCACUUCUGUUACGGCCAGUGCAAUUCGUUUUACAUCCCCCGACAUCUGGCCAUUACAAAUGGUCGGGGCCAUGGACGAAAACGGCCUCCCAGGUCCAACCACGGUGCUUCCUUCCAGUCCUGUGCUUUCUGCAAACCUCACCGGAUCUCCACACUCACAGUACGGCUUCACUGCCCCAAGUUGCAUCCACCAUACCGACAUCGGAAGGUCCAACGCAUAAAGGAAUGCAGGUGUAUGUCGGUUAGUGUCAGUGAGACUCAUUGACAGAGGGGGAUCACUUGGAAAUGGUUCUCAGUGCAACAAAGGGAUGGACAUAUCGUGGUAUAGAUAACAAGCCAGAAACCAAAAAAACAAACUGAUAUUAAAAUGGACAGAAUUUAACCAGAUAGGAAAUGGCACUGUGAAGAAGCAAUAUGUACACCAUUCAAACAUUCUAAAAGUCUUGCUCAAGGAUACAAAAGCUUGACUGUACUGACAUUCAAAUUCAGUCUUUUAAACAAUAGUUGAACUCCUGGGCCUUCACAUCACACCUUAACAAUGGAAUGCUGAUUAUUUCACUUGUGUCACAGAAAAUAGAGUUACACAGACAUUGGGAAUUCAAGAUUCUUACCAAAUUGGAAACACUGUUGCUGUGAAACAAGACACGAUUGUAUCCAUUAUACACGAAAUGGGACCUUGGACUGAUUUUGGGGCCCCCAUGUGAAUAACAUGCAUUAAUAUGAUCUAUCAGACAUUCUUUUUUUUAGGAAAUGACAAUUGCUGGAAAACUGGCAAUACUGACACACAUAUACACUAUAUUAGAGUUUAUUAUAGUGACUAUUUACAAAAUACAAGUAUAUCUACAUGAAAUUUUAUAUAAUACAUCUGUCGUUGUACAGAAUUGUAUGUUACAGUAAAAAAAAGCUUGAAUUUACUUGCACGGUUUUCAAAGUUUGAUAUUUACAAAAUGACGUAAUGUCUACUCUAGCAGUCAUUCCCUAAUACAUCUUGUGUAUAGUUUCUAGUCAUGAACUUACCCUGGUGUACUUUUAAUAUUUUUUUUGUUGAUAAGUGUCCUAUUUACUGUUUCUAAUCUUUGAACUCCUCAUUCAACAUUCAGGUGGUAAGAAACCUGAAUAUGAGAAGCAAAUAAUAAAUUUUUUACUGAUGCUUUCAACAUUUUAAUUUGAAGUGCAUUCAAAACAUCAUUAUUAUAAUAUUAUUAUUUUUUAAUAAUUUAUCUUUAAAAAAAGGAAAGAAAAAUAAGCAAUAACAAUAACAAGAUAGUUUAAUAAAAGCAUUA